AUUUGUCGAUGAUCAGUAUUUUUUUUUUUUUUUGUUUUUCGAAAUCCCCCCUCCCCCCGAAAAAAAACAGCUGUCAUUGUUCAUAGUGAAAAAAUAGAUUAUGUUCGAUACUUUAAACUAUCGACAAUUUUUCAGCCUUGUCAUUGAUAAUUUGGAUCUGAAACAAAAAUUACGAUCAAUGUAUGAAUGGUUUAUAUUUGAAGAUAAUAAUAACAAUCAUCAUGUGACAAUCGAUCAUCAUCAUAAGGCUGAAAGUCAUCAUCAUUAUCAUCAUGAAUGGCCAUCAUCAAUAACAAAACAAAAUCUAAUCGAAGGUGUUGAUGAUGAUGUUGUUGUGAUAUUUAUCAUAUUCUUCCUGUUUAUAUCAAUGUUUGUUUAUUAUCUAUUCACAAGAUUUGAUCAUUUUACAACGGUCACGUUGAAUAGCUUAACCUCAUCGUCAGCGGCCACAUCAUCAUUAUUAAUUGAUACGACACAACAACAACAGCAAUCAACACAGACGAUAUUGCCGAAUUCUUCCAUAAAUAAUAAUAAUAAUAAUAUGUUUCAACGACAAAGACAUUUCAAUUCUAUGGAUAGUAAUUGUCCUGUUUGUUUAAAUACAUUUGUAUUACCUGUUGAAACAAAUUGUGGUCAUUUAUUCUGUGGUCAAUGUAUAGUUGUUUAUUGGCAACAAUCACAAUGGCGUGGUGGUCCAAUCAAAUGUCCUGUAUGUCGGCAACAAGUGAACAUUUUAUUACCUUGUUUUCAACUUAAUAAUAUUAAUCAAAAUGUUAAUAAUAAUUCAAUGUCCAAUUCGAAUUUAAAUUCUACUGAAUCGACAACGACGACGACGACAAAUGGAGAUUCAUCAAAUGAACAACAUCAGAGUCAGAAUAAUGUUGCCGAUAUGGCAAGACAAGUAACAUCACAAAUUAAUAGUUAUAAUAGAAGAUUUUCUGGUGAACCACGUCCGUGGUACGAUUAUCUAUACGAUCUCCCUACAAUGUUACGGCAUUUGACCAAUGAUUUUUUCUCAUUCAAUGGUUUAUUUUACAUGUUUCGUUUACGUGUCGUCAUCUGUUUUUUUGCGGCAAUUCUAUAUCUAAUUUCACCAUUAGAUAUGAUACCUGAAGCAGUGUUUGGUAUAUUCGGUCUAUUUGAUGAUAUUGUUGUUGUUCUUUUGUUGGCCAUCUAUGUUACAAUUAUUUAUCGAAGAUUUUUAUCCUCACGUUGGGGUGACGAUUGAUCGAUUGUCUACUACUAUCACAUCAUCCAUGCCCGAUAUAUAUAUAUGGUUUCUAUAUUUUGUCGCAUUUCAAUUUCAUUCACACAAACACACACACACACACACUCUUGUUCAUCCAUACAAUCCUCCAUCAUCAAACAAACAUACAGGAAAAUCAACUUAAAAAAAUGAUGAUGAUGAUGAUAUAAAAUUCUAUGUGAAU